UUUUUCUAUCGCAUGCAGUUUUUUUGUUUCUAGUAUCCCCCAAGCAGUUUUCCCUCCCUCACGAAUUGGCGGGAAAUUAGUUUUUCUUUAAAUUUUGCAGCUUCCAUAUUUAAACAGGCAUCCGCCACGACUAUAAUGGUAAUACGCUGUGUAACGGUGACGCUGAAACAACUAAAACAAUCGCCUCGUGAAUCCUCUGUCUCCAACUUUUGUGUACCGGAAGUGAACCUAUAAAACAAUACUUUCUGCAGUGAACUCAAAAUAUAAAAAUUGUUUUUAGAAAAAAAGUGCUUUUGUUUCGAAUCUCAAAAAUAUGACAUUGACCAGGAGUAUGUGCGUCUUUUUUGUGUUAGCCCUGAGCAUCAUAGCUCUUUCAUAUGGUUACCCUGGAAAAGAAAAAGCGAAAAUUCGAAUUCACGUUCCAGUAAAACACCACACUCACGUCCAUACAAAAACCAUUAUCAAGAAAGUUACAGUUCCAGUUCCGAUUCCCAUUAAGGAACACGUUCCGGAAAAGGAGAUCAAAUACGAAGUUGAAGAGGAAGAUGAUGAUGAUUUCGGAGGAUACCAUUAUCCAAAAUCAAAUAUUCAUAAGAAAAAACGAAAAAUACAUCAUCCAUUUAUUUAGUUGGAAAAUGAAAGAUGCUACAUUCGUAAAGAGGCACUUUCCUUAGCGGUUAUACCAAAUUUUUAACUAUGCAUGCAGCGGAAAAUGCAGAAAUGCCAUAAUUUCAGCAUUGUGUGUUUAUUUCCAUUGAUUUCUCAUAUAUAAUAAGUUUACCAAUCACCCUCCCCCCUCUAGAGUUUAUAAGGCAUAAAUUAUUUCUUUUGUAAGUUUAUAUAGAAGAUAAGAAAAAUUAUGGAAGAAAAUAAAAUAACAAUUUUUAAAUUGUAUUGCAACAU